AUUAGUAUCAAAAUCUUUCUACUUUUCUAAAUAAUGGCUUCUAAACAAAUCCAAAUCUUUCUCAUAGUCUCUCUCAUUUCAUCAUUCUGUUUAUCAAUCACUCUUUCUCGUCCUCUCGACGACAAUGAACUCAUCAUGCAAAAGAGGCACGACGAGUGGAUGGCUAAACACGGACGUGUUUACGCAGAUAUGAAAGAGAAAAACAAUCGCUACGUCGUGUUCAAACGCAACGUGGAACGCAUUGAACGCUUAAACAACGUUCCUGCGGGAAGAACGUUUAAACUAGCGGUGAAUCAGUUUGCUGAUCUAACCAACGACGAAUUCCGUUCUAUGUACACUGGUUACAAAGGAGGCUCGGUGUUGUCUAGCCAAAGUGGAACAAAAACGUCGUCGUUUAGGUACCAAAACGUUUCUUCCGGUGCCUUGCCGGUUUCUGUUGAUUGGAGAAAGAAAGGAGCUGUGACUCCUAUCAAGAAUCAAGGCACUUGCGGAUGUUGUUGGGCGUUUUCAGCGGUUGCGGCUAUUGAAGGAGCAACAAAGAUAAAGAAAGGAAAGCUUAUCUCCUUGUCCGAACAACAGCUUGUUGACUGCGACACAAACGAUUUUGGCUGCAGCGGUGGCUUAAUGGAUACUGCGUUUGAGCACAUAAUGGCGACUGGCGGUUUAACCACUGAGUCAAAUUAUCCUUACAAAGGCAAAGACGCUACUUGCAAGAUCAAGAACACUAAACCGACAGCAACUUCUAUCACAGGUUAUGAGGAUGUCCCGGUUAACGACGAGAAAGCCCUAAUGAAGGCAGUGGCACACCAACCUGUUAGCAUUGGAAUUGAAGGAGGUGGUUUUGAUUUUCAAUUCUAUGGCUCCGGUGUGUUCACCGGAGAGUGCACGACGUAUCUUGAUCAUGCGGUGACUGCGGUUGGAUACGGCCAAUCUAGCAACGGAUCAAAGUAUUGGAUCAUCAAGAAUUCUUGGGGGACAAAAUGGGGAGAAAGUGGUUACAUGAGGAUUAAAAAAGAUGUGAAGGAUAAAAAAGGACUAUGUGGUCUUGCCAUGAAAGCUUCUUACCCAACUAUAUGAAAAAGGGUUUAUUACCCGGUUCAGCAUUUAAAUGUGUAUAUGUAUGUGUGGGUUCUAUGUCUAAAAGUGAUGAUUGAAUAGUUUGUGGUUAUAUUUAUAAGUCUUUGUUGUAUGCAAUUUGUAAAAUUGUAAGCUUAUGUGAUGCAAAAGAUUUGACAAGUUCAAAUUGUUUCUUUCAAA